GUGUGUGGUAUGGCAUGACAGAGGACUGGGGUUUUCUUCGCUGCAAUCAUAGACUUGACAGCGUCAAUAAGGGAGUGGUUUGCAGUCAAACACCUGGUGUGCUGGGCCUGCGAGCGGGAGAGUGGCUGCUGCUUCUGUGGUUGGGGAGGAGAGACAGUUGCAAGAAGCACCCAGUUCGACUGGAGAAUUAAAACGGCACCUGAACACAGCCGUUCUUUGACUUUUCUUCUUCAGAACCCAUGCUUUCACAUCUUUCCUUUGACUGUGUCCUGUUCUUGCUGCUACAACUUACAAGGUCUCCGGAAGGGGUGUAUGUGGCUGAGGUGGGACAGAACGCUGAUCUGCCCUGCGUCUACUCUCCAGCCACCCCUGAGAACUCCGUGCCUGUGUGCUGGGGCAAGGGGCCCUGCCCGGUGUUUGGUUGUUACAAUAUGGUGCUCAACACUGAUGGAAGGAACGUGAAAUAUCGGAUAUCCGGCAGAUACCUGCUAAAGAGAGAUUUCCUCAAAGGAGACGUAACCUUGACCAUAAAAAAUGUGACUUUAGCCGACCAUGGGACCUAUUGCUGCCGGAUCCAAUUCCCAGGCCCCUUGAAUGAUCAAAAAUCAAACCUGGAGUUGGUCAUCAGACCAGCCAAGGUCACCGCUGCUCGACCUCGGUGGAACGUCAUCACUACAGCCUCACCAAGGAUGUUCACCACCGAGGGACACGGCUUAGAGACACAGACACUGGAGACCCUCCGUGAUAAAAAUCAAACAGAAAUACCCACACUGGCUAGUGAGUUGCAAGACGUGAGUGCGACCACCAGAACAAGCCUCUACAUCGGAGCCGGGGUCUCUGCUGGCCUGGCUCUCAUUCUUGUGGCUGGUGUUUUCAUCCUCAAAUGGUAUUCUGAUAGCAAAAAGAAGUUACAAAAUUCAAGCCUGAUCACUUUGGCCAACCGCCCCCCAUUAGGGUUAACAAAUACAGUCGCAGAGAGGAUGCGCUCAGAAGAAAACAUCUAUGUCAUUGAGGAGAACGUGUAUGAAAUGGAGGACCCAUAUGAAUACUGCUGUGACGCCAGCAGUGGGCAGCAGCCCUGACAGCCUCUGGGCUGUCCCCCUUCAGUGCCGCCAGAUCCAACCGCUUCAGCUGGGGACUUGGUGUUGUCUUCUUUGGAAACUAUGAAAUGUGUCAGCUGACAGGUUUUAGAGGUUCUGACCUUGGCCACAGAGGAGAAUUCUUCCAUGUUCUAAAGAUACUUAGCUCACCCAGGGAUGGAGCUGGGAUCUGCACUGUGCUUAGAAAGACAUGACAUUGCUUCUGUGUUCCAGCCAACACGGCCACCCAACUCAGAAACUGCUAAUCGGGGCAUUAGAGCUCAAACGGGUUUGUAUGGAGAAUAGGAAUUCUUACUAGGGGUCUCUGGAAUUCCAGGAAAUUCAGUUACAUGAUGAGUCCACGAAGCUCCUGAAAACAGGGGAAAUUAUGUGCUGAGAUGUGUGUGUGUCUUUUUUGGUUUGGGAAGUCUAAAGGGGCCACUGAUUCCCAGAGAGCUCUGUGGCCCAUGAUAGGUUGGGAGUAGGACCAGAUGGCCUUGAAGGCUCUCCUUGAGUCUCAAGGGUGACGCUUCUUUGAGUGUUGAUCGGCAACAGUAAGUGCCACAGCACAGCCCUCCUUGGCCUCAGUGAUGAAGACCGCCCAGCCAGGCCUGUGGUGUGACAGGAGCUCCCGGAGAAAAAGGAAGUAUGCUCAGUGUGUGUUGACAAGUUUUGCUUGGGGUACACUCAAAGGGAAAGAUCUCCGACCAACUUCUCCAUUCAUGGAGAGAAGCAGAGCUGUGUUUUUCACAAAAGAAGAAGCAGUGACUGGGGCACAAAUCCUGUGUCCUGUUGGAAAGAAGGCAAAGGGCUCCAGCCAUCUGUGUUUGUCAGCAUCAGAUUCCUUGAUGGAAAGACAGUGGUCCUUGACCUGCUGUCCCAAGAUGGUGGAGGUUAGGCUUGUCUUGCCUGUUUGCUUCCUCCCCGGUGCUUGGCACAACUCGGACACAUAAUAAAAGUUUCCUCAACACCUUUGGAGUGAAAAAAUUAAAUAAGCAGGAAGGUGGCUUUCUGGAAAGACCUCUCCAUUGGAAAACUCAGACAGAGCUCUGUAACUUCAUUUCUUAGGAAACUCAGAAGUACUCCCAAGCUCCUGUUUCUUCUCUUAAUCCAGGCUCUUUGUUUCUCAGCAUCAUCUCCCUGCUCAGGCCCUUGGAAGUCUGUUACUCUCUUGCUUUUUACUCCUUUUCUACUGAACAAAUCAACAGUAUGGACCUGUUGCUGCCUGAAAACUGCCUUCCACAGGCGAGGACUGAACUGCUGCUGUGCUGCACACGGGAGGUACUGGUCACCAAGGAUGCUGGCAGCCUGUUUGGGCUGCAUCUAGACAGUGUGGGAAAGCACUGGCUUUAUACAGGGAGCUAUGUAAGGGAGAUCAUUGUGCAAAGUUCCAGGCAGUAACUCUUAAAUAAGCUGAAAAAUUAAUCUUAAGUGUUAUAAAGCUAUGAAAUUCUAGAAGGAAGAAAGGAUACAGAACACAUUUAGACCAGAUCAAUGACGAUCCUUGCAACAGUGUUCGUGAGAGACUUUUCCCAUCAACAGGGGAAUAGUUGAUUAUUGUGGUAUGUCAACACACUGGUGUGGUUAAAAGAAUUUCGUGGUUUCAUCAUUGAGCUGUUUUGCGAAUUGCGAAUUCAACAAGUGCUUACUAUGUGCCAGAUACUCUGGUGCUGAGAUCAUAGAGAGAAACCAAAUAGACACAUCCCUGACCUCAUGGACUUCCUGGUUGAUCUGACAGAAGGAGGAUUCAUUCCGUUCAUUCAUUCAUUUGUUCAGUGGACAUCUAUUGGCACCUAUUUUUUGCCAGAUGCUGUUUUAGUUCCUAGAAAUAAAGCAGAGAAGGGAAAAGACAAAAUCCCUACUCUUAGAGCUUGUGUUACUUGUCAAAGAAGAAAUCUAUAUUGCUAUGUCAAAAGAAAAGAAAAAGUUCUAGAAUAGUAUAUGUACAUAUAAUAAUUUUUGACACCUUUAUUGUGGUAUGGUUCCUGUAUAGUAAAUAUGCAUAUUUCAGAUGUACAAUUUCAUGAAUUUUGAUAGAUGUACUCACCAAUUAAACCACAGCCACAAUCAAGAUAGCUAACAUUUCCAUCACUCCCCAGGAGCUGCAAAUUUCGAAUUCCCAAUUUAUCCCUUCCCACCCCCUUUACUCCCUGGUAACCGUAAGUUUGUUCUCUAUGUCUGUGAGUCUGUUUCUGUUUUGUAAAUAAAUUCAUUUGUGUCCUUUUUUUUAAGAUUCUACACAUAAGCAGUAUCAUAUAGUAUUUUUCUUUCUCUUUCUGGCUUACUUCACUUAGAAUGACAAUCUCCAGGUCCUUCAGUGUUGCUGCAAAUGGCAUUACUUUAUUCUUUUUUAUGGCUGAGUAGUAUUUCAUUGUGUGUGUGUGUGUGUGUGUGUGUUGCACAUCUUCUUUAUCCAGUCAGCUGUCAAUGGACGUUUGGGUUGUUCCAUGUCUUGGCUAUUGUAAACAGUGCUGCUGUAAACACUGGGGUGCAUGUGUCUUUUUAAAUUAUAUAUACCCAGGAGUGGAAAUGCUGGAUCAUAUGUUAAGUUUAUUUUUAUUUUUUUUAAGGAACCUCCAUACUGUCCUCCAUAGUAGCUGCACCAAUUUACAUUCCUACCAACAAUGUAGGAGGGUUCCUUUUUCUCCACACCCUCUCUAGACUUAAUGCUAAUUUUUUCUUUUGCCUUUAAAUAAGCUAGAAGAAUAUACUCAAAUUUAUAUGGUUACUCCACCGGGGCAAAUAGUCAAGAGACGGACUUGCGCUUUUUUAUUUUAUGUGCUUCUAUAAUCCUGUGAAUUAUAUUCUCCGUAUUUUUGAAAUAAAAAAUAAAUUUAAGUA